AUGCGUGCGCCGCGGGCCCUGCUCUCCGCCGUGUUCCUCGCCUGCUGCUGCUUGUGGGGGGAGCUGCCCGGCUGCCAGCAGGCCACCCUCCGGCCGCCUCCUCCGCCCUCGCCAGACGCCGCCGCCGCCGGCCCGAUCUCGCGGAGCAGCAGCAGCAGCAGGAGCCGAGCGGGCCGCGGGCCGCGAGAGGAGAGCGCCGAGCCGCCCCCCGACUACAUGCUGGCCCUCUACCGGAGCCGCGCGCUGGCCGCCAGCAGCAGCCGCAACGCCAGCAGAGCCGCCAACACCGUCACCAGCUUCGUCGACCGCGGGCCAGACGAUCUCUCGCCCAGCGCUUUAAGGAGGCAGAAAUAUUUGUUUGAUGUAUCGACUCUCUCAGACAAAGAGGAGCUGGUGGGAGCUGAACUGCGGCUCUUUCGCAGAGCCCCCGGCGAUUAUUCCUCCAAAACCCAGACAGGCCUGGCCCAUUUGCAGCUCUCGGCCUGCCACUCGAGCCGCCUGCUGGACUCCAGGACCCUGGACUUGCGAGAGGCGCCUGGCCAGGCCGGGGGCACCUGGGAGGUGUUUGACGUGCGCCAGGCCUUGCUGCACUAUCAACCUUGGAAGCAGCAGCAGCCCCUGUGCUUGGAGCUGCGAGCAGUCGAGGGGCCUCGAACUCCCCACCAGCAGGCACUGGACCUGCGCGGCCUGGGCCUGGGGCGAAGCACGCGGCCCCAGCAGGAGAAAGCGCUGUUGGUGGUUUUCACCAAGUCGAGGCGGAAGAACCUCUUCGCGGAAUUACGCGACGAGCGAAGGCGGCAACCGAGCGCGCAUGCGCCCCGCCUGGAGUUGCCCGCAGCCGCUAGGCUGCGGUUCCAGACGCGUCGGCAAAGGCGCACGGCGUACAACAAUCGCCACGGCAAGCGGCACGGCAAGAAAGCCCGGCUGCGCUGCAGUAAAAAGGCCCUGCACGUGAACUUCAAGGAGCUGGGCUGGGACGACUGGAUUAUCGCCCCUUUGGAGUACGAGGCCUACCACUGCGAGGGCGUGUGCGACUUCCCCUUGCGCUCGCACCUGGAGCCAACGAACCAUGCCAUCAUCCAGACGCUCAUGAACUCCAUGGACCCGGGCUCCACCCCGCCCAGCUGCUGCGUGCCCACCAAGCUGACGCCCAUCAGCAUCCUCUACACGGACGCGGGCAACAACGUCGUCUACAAGCAGUACGAGGAUAUGGUGGUGGAGUCCUGCGGCUGCAGGUAGCGCUGCCCGCGUCUGUCGCCCCACCCCCCGGACCCGCGGGGAAGGGAAAAGCGAAAGCAAAAAGCGGCAGGGAGGAGACCGC